AACCAUUUGUACACUCACUUCAUGCGUUUCGGCACCAUUUCGCGCUUCUCUGGCUUCAAUUAAACACUCCCUCCGACUCUCCCAGAAACGAAGAUCGUAUCCUUACAUCUCAUAUUCUGAUGGGCGCAGGAAGGAAAACAUACACAUUUCUUGGAAGUGAAAGUGCACCUUCUACGCCUGACCAGACAACUGCCCAUGCAUGCGCUAGGAAUUUGAAGAAGAGUCAUCUUGGUGGGGUCAUAUUUGGCUGCAAAAGCAGCACUAUAAAAGAAUGCCUUUUCAAACAACUCUUUGGCUUGCCAGCUCAUCACUUCUUAUAUGUGAAGAAUAUUGAUCCAGGGUUGCCGCUUUUUUUAUUCAACUACAGUGAUAGGAAACUUCAUGGCAUAUUUGAAGCUGCUAGUCCUGGUCAAAUGAACAUAAAUCCUUAUGGGUGGACCAUGGAUGGUUCAGAUAGGACGCAAUAUCCUGCACAGGUUCAAAUAUGUGUCCAGCUGCAGUGCCAACCGCUGCUUGAAGAUCAGUUUAGACCAAUAAUUGCUGACAACUAUUACAGUCAGAAUCGUUUCUGGUUUGAGCUAGACCAUGCUCAAACUAGUAAGUUGAUAAACUUGCUAUCCUCCAAAGCGGUUGCUUCAAGUACUUCUCUACUGCAAAAUACAGCGAAGUGGAGAACUCUUUUCCAAGCUGCACUAUUGGAUGACUCAAAAGAGACAAAUGAAGUCUCCAAACCACUUGAUUCAGAGGUUGCUUUUUCAUGUUUGGAUCAGUCAAAUGGGAAUCCGGAUUCUGCAGAUGUUGCUUUGUGUUUAGACAGAGAAAACCCACCAUUGGAAGCUCACUCAGAUGUGCAGUUUGUGAAAGAUGAAGUGGAUCGUUUGUACAGAAAACUGAAGAAAUUGUCUUUUGAUCGUGAAUAUUCGAGCUUGUCAUUAGUGAAUCAUGUGGACAACACCAUUGCUGUGAAUGACAUGCAGUUGGAGGACAGAGUUAUUUUGGAAGCUCAAGCUUUGUCAGAGGAGAAGAAUGAAAAGAGUCCUGACUCUCCAUCUGAUAUCCAGUCUGUUGUAACUAAGUUGAUUCAGGAAAUUGAGGAGUUAAAGGGUUUUAGAACUGAACAAGUUGAAAGGAUGGGUUAUUUGGAGCAGAAACUGAUUGAGGCAGAAAGAGAAAUUCAAUACCUCAAAGAUCGCUGUAUGAUGUUCGAGUCUAUGUCAAAUCCUACUACAACAGAUGUUAAUGAGGCUUUAAUUGAGACAUCUGAUGAGCUGCGUUUAGAUGUUGAUGAGUUCAUAUAUCUAGUUGGAGGAUAUGAUGGUGUAUCAUGGUUAGCAGCAUUGGAUGCCUAUUCACCUUCAAGGGAUGUGUUAAAAUCUCUCAAGUCAAUGAACUAUGUUCGUUCUUAUGCCUCAGUAGCAAAGUUGAAUGGUGAGAUUUAUGUAUUUGGGGGUGGAAAUGGAUGUUCAUGGUAUGAUUCAGUUGAAACAUACAAUCCAGCCAAUAAUCAGUGGACUCCCCGCCCAUCUUUAAACAGAAAAAAGGGUAGCCUAGCUGGAGUUACUUUGGACAACAAAAUUUUUGCUGUUGGUGGUGGGAAUGGCGUUGAAUGCUUUUCAGAUGUUGAAAUGUUUGAUUUAGAUGUUGGACGAUGGAUCACAACACGUUCAAUGCUACAGAAGCGAUUUGCCCUUGCUGCAGCGGAACUUAAUGGCGUGCUUUAUGCUGUGGGUGGAUACGACGGAAAAGACUAUUUGAAAUCUGCAGAAAGAUUUGACCCUAGAGAACAUUCUUGGAUGAAAAUAGGAAGUAUGAACACAAAGAGGGGUUGUCAUUCCAUAGCUGUUUUGAAUGAAAAGUUAUAUGCUCUUGGUGGUUUUGAUGGAAGGGACAUGGUUCCAAGUGUUGAAAUUUUUGAUCCUCGUAUGGGAUCAUGGGUAUACGGAGACCCAAUGAACCAGCCCAGGGGAUAUUCAGCUACUGCUGUUGUUAUGGAUUCCAUUUACAUAAUUGGAGGGGUGAAAGAUGGCGUUGACAUUGUAGACACCAUUGAAUGCUAUGACGGUUGUCGUUGGCUAGAAAGGAACCCGAGGGCCAUUGGAAAAAGAUGCUUCUCCUCAGCUAUAGCUUUAUGAGCGCAUGGGAUGGAGGUAUGUGCAGUCGCUAUGUCAGAAAUUACGAAGUCGUAUGUUCUGAGGUUGAUGCCCGCCUGGAAAGGGUUUAUUAUCGCAGCUGUUGGUGGACAUUCGCUGACAGUCGGGUAGUGUUCCAUGCAGAAUCUUUUAACCUUGGAAUCAAUUUAGUGGUCAUCAAUUUUAUUGUUCCUGAUCUCUAAUUCCACAUCUAAACUUCUGGGAGAUUUGGUAUUGAAGUGAUUGGUGGCCAAGCAAAAUACUUGGGUCACGGGCGCAUGUGGCAGCAUCAGGGAAGAAAAAGGUUGUGGAUCCUACACACCACCCUCUCUAGUGCUGUCACUUGGGCUUGUGCCCCACAGCGUUGCUCUUUUUGUGGUUCCUAAUUUUCUUUCUAGUUCUGCAUGUCAAACUUCUACGAAACUCCAUUUUUGGUCCUGGAAGUAUUUCUUUCCAAGGAUUACAUGUCCAGCGCAACGAAAAGGUUUCACCACUUUGCAAAAA